AUGGCCUGCAAGGAUGCCGUGUGCCGCAAGUUGCCAGUGAGCCUGGCUGAGCUCUGCAUAGACACAACCUUGCGCUGUGGCCAGUCCUUCAGAUGGCGCAAGGUCGACGACGAGUGGCACUGUUCCCUCCACGGUCGAGUCAUCUCAUUACGACAGGACGAAACUCAUUUAUAUUAUCGAGCAACAUGGCCAGCAAGCAGACGGGCAUUGAUCAAGCCUGUGGUCAAGGUGAAAAAGGAAGAAGGGGAUGAUGAGAGUAUCAAGUCGGAAGACGACGCAACAGUCAAGGUCGACCAAGAAGAGGACGACACGGAAGCCCUCCUGUUAAACUACUUCAACCUCCACCACUCCCUCUCGGGCAUGUACACGCACUGGUCUGACCGCGACGCCAACUUCCGCAUCAAGGCACCCAAGUUCACCGGCGUCCGCAUCCUGAACCAGGACGCCUGGGAGACGCUGGUGGCCUUCAUCUGCAGCAGCAACAACAACAUUUCGCGCAUCUCCCAGAUGUGCCACAAGCUGUGCGACCACUACGGAGGCGAGCCCAUCGCCACCGUCGCCGGCCACGUCUACCGCGACUUCCCACCCCCAGAGGCCCUCACGGGAGACGGCGUCGAGGCCCACUUGCGCGAGCUUGGCUUCGGCUACCGCGCCCGCUACAUCGCCGAGACUGCGCGAGUCGUCGCCAGGCAGCGGCCCGCCGGCUGGCUCUUGUCGCUGCGAAACCCGGCCUCGCUGGCGUGGGGAUCACAGCCGCCCUCGCCAUCAUCACCAUCCUUAAAGUCGUCAUCGUCAUCCCUGUCGCCACCACCAGGAGAAGCAGUCGUGAAACACGAACAGGACCAAAGAACAGCCCAUACCAGCCGCUCACCGACAUCAACCCCUUCCCAGGGGCAGCAGCCCGACUACCGCACCGCCUUCGCCGCGCUCCAAGAGCUCUCGGGCGUCGGACCCAAGGUCUCGGACUGCGUGUGCCUGAUGGGACUGGGCUGGGGCGAGGCCGUGCCGCUCGACACGCACAUGUGGACCAUCGCGACGCGCGACUACGGCUUUGGCGGGAAGAAAGCCGCCGCCGCCAAGGGCUCCGCCAUGUCAAAGGGCAUGUACGACGCCGUGGGCGAGCACUUUCGGAAGCUCUGGGGCCCGCAGGCCGGCUGGGCGCAGAGCGUGCUCUUCACCGCCAACCUGCGCGAGUUUUCGCACCGGUUGAAGGCGACCGCCGAGGCUGGUGUGAAAAAAGAAGAGGAAGUUGGCCGAGACGAUGGCAAGUUGGCUGCCGUGGCGGACGCGGUUGUUGCACCAUCGAAGCCGGCCAAGAAGAGAAAGACGACCGUCUCGACGACGCGGGUAAAGGUGGAGGAUGAUGGUGAUUCCGUCGUUGCUACCAAGGUCGAGGUCCAAGAAACCGUGGUGACUCCGAUAAGAAGAAGCAAGAGGAUACGUACUGGAGGCUGA